CAAACCAGUCACAAGAUGAUGUGAAGUUAAAAAAAAAACAUUGAAAGCGUCUCGACCAUUCAGAGCAGCUGCAGAAUCAGGGAUUUCUCUUUAACGCUACAAUAAUGAGUGAAUCACUGGCGGUGUGUGAUGUGGACGAGGAUCUGGUGAAGAAGCUGAAGAAGUUUCGUUUCAGGAAGGAGACGAAUAACGCCGCCAUCGUUAUGAAGAUCGAUAAAGACAAGCAGCUGGUCAUUCUUGAAGAAGAGCACGAGGACAUUUCUCCUGAUGAUCUGAGGGAGGAGGUUCCUGAGAGACAGCCGAGAUUUAUCGUCUACAGUUAUAAAUACGUACACGACGACGGACGCGUCUCCUAUCCUCUCUGCUUCAUCUUCUCCAGCCCAGCAGGUUGCAAACCAGAGCAGCAGAUGAUGUACGCGGGAAGCUUGAACAAACUGGUGCAGACUGUGGAGCUGACCAAGGUGUUUGAGAUCAGGAACACAGAGGACCUGACGGAGGAAUGGCUCAGAGAGAAACUCGGCUUCUUCGGCUAAACUCCUCUCACCGGUGUUCGUGGAUGUGAGGAUGACGCACAACCUCUGGAGGAGAAAACAGUUAAUGUCUCCUCCUCUGCACCAGACCUGAUUCAAAUACUGUCUGCCUUCAGUUUUACAGUUUACGGCACACUACAAUUCAGUUUGACUCCAACUAAUCCUCUCAAACUGAAAACACUAUUUGACGCAGGUCUGCUUCGCUUUUCAUACAAUCUCUCCAUGUGCCAGUUAUGUGUCUGUAUUAAAUUAACACUCCAAUAGCUCCUAAAAGUUCUGAAAUGAAUCCCUAUCAUCCGCCCUCAUGACAUUCAGGAGAAAGGCAUUAUAACAACAGAUUUACUUUCUUCCAGUCGUUUACUCACAGCGUUUCUCUCUUUUGGAUUCUUUUUCUUUUUCUGGUGUAUUUAGGGUUAUAUAAUGUAACAAACACACUUCCUGCGAGAAGAUAACAUAGAUAAUAGAGUUUUGAGUCGGUCUCACCUUCAGAAUUGAUUUAAGGGCAUUUCAAUUGUAACAAACUUUAUAAAGCUGCAACGAUUAGUCGACUAAUAACCGACUAUUCGUGGAGUAACAGGCGACCUCUCAAACAUGGAGAUUUGCUGCUUUUCUUAUUUUUAUAUCAUUAAAUUAAAAAACAAAACAUCACCUCAGACUUUGAGAAACUGGGAUGGACAUUUUUCUGAUAUUUUAUACACUCAACAUUAAUCUACAGAAUAAUCUGCAGGUUAAUUGAUUUUGAAAAUAAUUGUAAAUCCCCCCCCCCCCCCCCCCCCUAACUGUCCCAUAACUCUAAGAGCAUUCCUAAAACGUGUGUGUUAUGUGUUUUACCUCCUUCUGUGUUAUCGCGUGGUGCUCAUCACACUGCAGAUCUUCUGUUUAGAGAGAAAACAUGAUGCAUUAUGGGUAAAGCUGUAAUCUGCCUUUGACCUGCAUAUUUCUCACUCCUAAAAAAACAUUUCCACUAAAGCAUUCCAGAUUGAACAAUGUAUACACACAACAAACCUCUGUCUAUGUCACACACACACACACACACACACACACACACACACACACACACACACACACACACACACACACACACACAGAUUGUUAGCUGAUAUUGUGCAUCAUAGUUAUUACCGUUAUUGGUGUUUCUGAAUGUUGUUUCUCAUCCUGAUGUGAUUUUGAUCUCUUAGCACAGCGUUGACAAUGAUGGCUGUGACUCCUUCAUAUUUAGAUAUUGUAGGUAAAGGACGGCAUCGGGGACAUUUACAUUUCCCAACAGGGUUUGACCAAUAAAGCUUUGUGACGGCUGAUAUUUCUGUUUCUGAAUGAACCCAGCAGCUCCUAUUCUGCGCCAAAAUCUAAUAUUUACAGUCCUGUCUCUUAAGUAUUUUUACAGAAGCAGUACAUUCGUAUUUAACGAUUUUGUUGACUACAUUGAAUUACAAGAUUGCUUAAACUCCACAAAGACUCAUGCAAAAGCUCCUCGAGUGUUGAAGCAUUAAACAACGAUAAAAUAAUCUGUGAAAUGACAAAAAAUUAGCUAAAUAAACAAAGACUGAAAUUACCUUUUUUAAUUUUCUAGCUUGAACACAUUUCAAAGUGAAUGCGCUGGAUUAAAAGCAACAUAAAUCGUGUCACUUUCCAAACAUUUAUGGACUGUAUUUUAUGUUUUGGACUAUUGUAUGUCAGUUUCUGAAGCAGCAUUUUAAACACACUUAAAUGCAUCUAUUAACAGCAGGAAGACUAAACCCAGAUAGUUGAAGCGACAUGAAAUGUACUUAACACAACUGUAUAUUUCUGGUGGUUUUAUGUGAGAGAAACUUCCGUUAUCAAGAUGUAUACAGACAAUAAUUAGCACAAAUGUAUCCCUACAUCAAUUACAGUGAUACUGCUAAGUCGACCAUAACAAGGCCUUUCCUUGAUUUUAGGUGUCGUCCUAAAUACGUCGAUUUAAAAAGGCCAAAAACUAAAUAUGUUUUAGAAGGGAGGAGUAGAAGGUUAUGGGAAAAGCUUUGCUGGGAUAAUUUCGGUAGAGAUUUGACUUAAUGAUAUGUACGCACAAUCACACAAACCUUCAUGUGAAUUAUCUAUUGACGUGUAAUAUUUGACCUGGUAAUCCAUCGGGAACAAUGGAGUGUAGCUGUUAUUUUAUCUGCUGUUUACUGAUGCCAUCAAAGCUUAGAUUUACACUGUCAGCUCAAUAUUAGUCAGUCAUUAGAGUUAGUAUCUGGCUGCUGUAGCAGACAGUUAGUUUCUGUAGUCGAGCUGAAGUUAUACAACAUCCUUUAAAGGAAGAUAACGUUUUAUGACACUACAACCUGCAAACCCCUUUAUAUUUUAUUUGAAAUGUGCAAUCUGCUGAUUUCAAUGUGAAUAUAAAAACCUUUUCUGCUGUUAACGAAACUCUUUGAAAUGUGGAGAGCUACUGUAAAAGAGGUGCAUGCUUUUAAUGUGAAAGGCUUGAAAGAAAAUUCACUCAUACAUGCUGCUCUGUUACAUGCAAUUUAAAUGAUUAUGAUAAUUUUAUAAGACUGAAUUUAUUUGCAUAUCAAUUCCUAAAAAAAGGGGGGAACACCUGCAUCUCAAACAUCUGGUCUCAGCUGUUCUUGGAAUAUUUACGAGCAUAUUUUCACAGCAAUGGGUUGAAGUAGACUUAAUUAAAUCACAUUUAACUACAUUUUUUAAUGUAUGGUCUUUUUGGUUUUGUCCUGUGGAUCUAUAGCUGGCUUCCCUCCUCUGUGCUGAUCUGUUGUAUUUUUAACAGUAUUUCCAAAGUGUUGUUCUCUGAUGAAAUGCUUACUUAUUUUUCUUUCCUUUUGUAAUAAAAAAACACACCUGAGAUGUAUCAUUACCAGCUGCCUCAUGGCAUCAGUGAAACUUGACAUAUUUGUAUUUCCCAUACUUUAUAAAGUGUCUAUUGUCCUGCUGUCCAAAUAAAAUGACAGUGAUGUUUA